AUGCUCUUGAUUUUAAAUGGUUGGACAGCUCCAAACAAAGGUAAUGGCCUUGAUUUUGAGAGAUACUCUUGGACUCAGACCAUACAAGAGGUCACUGUUAUUGUUCCAGUUCCACCUGGAACAAGAUCAAAGUUAGUGGAUUGUGAGACGAGGAAGAGCUAUCUAAAAGUUGGACUCAAGGGCCAACCUCCUGUUAUUGAUGGAUACCUUUUCCAAGUGAUAAAACCUGAUGAUUGCUACUGGAGCAUGGAGGAUAAUGAUUCAAUCUCAAUCGUUUUAUCGAAGCAAAACCAAUUGGAGUGGUGGAAGUGUUUGAUUAAAGGAGAACCAGAAAUCGACACAGGAAAAGUUGAACCAGAGAGCAGCAGAAUAUCCGACUUAGAUCCCGAAACACGACGAACCGUGGAGAAGCUCAUGUUUGACCAGAGGCAGAAGGCAAUGGGGCUUCCAACAAGUGAUGAGAUUCAGAAACAGGCACUGCUAAAGCAGUUCAUGUUGCAGAAUCCUAAUAUGGACUUCUCAAAUGCAAAGAUCAUGUGAAUGGGAGGCUGUAAGUGUCACCAUUCGUAUCCAUUCAAGU